GUUCAAUAGUAUAACGCAAUACUGUGAAGUUGUGUUUGGUUGCAAAUAUGGCCGACAGGUUAACGCAACUCCAAGAUGCCGUUAAUUCGCUGGCGGACCAGUUCUGCAAUGCCAUCGGAGUUCUGCAGCAGUGCGCUCCACCAGCGUCAUUUAGCAACAUUCAGACCGCGAUCAAUAAAGACCAGCCCUCAAAUCCAACAGAAGAAUACGCCCAACUGUUCGCUGCGCUGAUCGCGAGGACUGCCAAGGACGUGGAUGUGCUGAUCGAUUCUCUGCCCAGCGAAGAAUCUACUGCAGCUCUGCAGGCGGCCAGCCUGAGGCAGCUAGAGGAGGAGAACCACGACGCCGCCGCGCGGCUGGAGGAGGUGGUGUACCGCGGGGACCUCCUGCUGGAGAAGAUCCAGAGCGCUCUGGCCGACAUCGCCCAGUCCCAGCUCCGCACCCGGAGCGGUCUGCCCAGCCAGCCCGCACCGCCGGACUCCUGACACCAGAGGGCAGCAGCCAGCCAGACCUGCCGUGCUGCCGACACCGUUUAAAGCAGGGGUCAGAUCUGCUGGGUUUCCACCCUCCCUUCGCCUGGGAGUCUGGUGCGCAGCCCUGCGGGACUGGAGUUGGACAGCCCCGGAGGCUAGCCGCUAGCACUAAUUGCACGGGAGGAAAGAAAACCGUGACUGGAUUUGGAUGUGUGUUGAUGAACCCUGAUUUUAAUCAUUUCUGCCACAAGCACUAUCCCUGGAUCACAUUUCCUGCAUAUUGUCCUGACUCCUGACAAUUGCUGUCGGGAUGAAUUCUGACUGGAACAUUGAGGCUUUUGCUGUAAAAUCUGGGUUUUUUUUGUUUAAGCUGUGUAUAUUUGGUUAUUUUGGAUAAUUACCAUUUUUGCAGUUUUGACUCUCCUGCAGCUCGCUCUGUUUGAAAUGGUGAAUGUGGUUAAUGUACAGACUGUCAGCUCUGAUUUGUGUGUGUGCGUUUUGCACACUACGUCCUCUUCCGGAAGUUUUUAUGUGCACAGUGAUUUUCAUAUCAUUUGAUAUUUGCUGUGGUUAUGUCCAUGCCCUUUUUUCAAGUUUAAACAAGCUUAAAAAAGUCAUUAAUACAUCACAAUUUGGUAUGUUUGCUUUUACCCUUGGUAUAAUUGUUAUGACCUGUAUUUAGUAAUUUACCCAUGUCAGAAACAAAUAUUUUGUUUUCUGUAAUCUACAAUUUGAAGUGAUGUCACUGGGAUACACCACCCUAACCCCACUGAUCAUUGAAAGGAAAGGACUUGUAUUCAGUAUUACUGUGUUUUAUUGACUGUGGGCAGACCAGUUUACUAUCUGAACAUUGGGUGAAGUUUACCUUAACCACCAAUGCUGCCAUUAGAGUUCUCCUCAUUAUGAAUAAAUUCUGUUUUCACAA